CAAUUACACACUGAUACAGUACCAUUUCUUUACCAGGUAAUAAGCCCAUCUUCACAUAUGUUCAGAUCCCAGAAACCCUUUUUUCAUAUAUAAUAAAUCAAAGCAUAUUCCUUAAAAUAAAAUAUUAUCUUCUCAUCCAUCUGCAUGUAUCCAUUUAACAAUUAUGCUGUUUUUACUACCAUUUCUCCUCUUUAUAUUCUUCCCCAAUCUCUCCCAAUCAACAUCAUCAGAGCUUUGUCACCCUCAAGACAAAGCUGCACUUCUAUCAUUCAAACACAGCUUCUCAAAUCCCAAUCCUUUCCCCUCGUGGGACCCACUCUUCGACUGCUGUGAUUGGUACGGCGUCACAUGCAAUGACACCACAAACCUCGUAAUCAGCUUCACCAUUAUAUCCCAAACCCUAAACGGCACAAUCCCUCCGUCAAUCUCCAACCUAAAACACCUCCAAAUUCUUCGUCUCCACAAAAUCCCGAACCUCGUCGGCCAAAUCCCUCUUGAAAUCUCGAAACUCUCGAAUUUAACAUCGUUAACUAUAAGCUGGACUAAUAUCUCGGGCCCUUUACCUAGCUUUCUCGUUAAUCUCAAGAAUCUUGUAUUUCUCGAUUUAUCUUUUAACCGUUUAUCCGGUUCGAUCCCCCCUUCUCUUGCAACUCUCCCGUUUCUUAGAGGCAUCGACUUGAGUAGAAACCAACUCACCGGACAGAUACCGGAAUCUUUCGGUCACCUACCCAAGACCGCCGAAUUUCCGGCGCUGGUUUUGUCGCACAACAAGCUCUCCGGCGAAAUUCCCUCGUCGUUGUCCAAUGUCAACUUUUCUUUCAUAGACAUUUCGUCGAACACCUUGUCUGGAGAUGCUUCUGUGUUCUUUGGUGAGGGGAAGGCCACGGAUACUAUUGUGAUAUCGAGGAACCAUUUCGAGUUCGAUUUGUCGAAAGUGGGGUUUAUGCAUUUUUUGAUUACUUUGGAUAUCUCGCAUAACAAGAUUUAUGGGAAUAUUCCGAAGCAUAUUACGGAUGCUGUGUUCUUGCAGCAGCUGAAUGUUAGUUAUAACAGGUUGUGUGGAGAGAUUCCAACUGGCUGGAAAUUGAGAUAUAGAAAAGAUGGUUGGGAUAACUCUUCUUUCUUUCAUAACAGAUGCCUUUGUGGGGUUCCUUUGGAUAUUCCAUGCAAAUGAUGAUGAUGAUUAUGCAUCUUUGUUUUUGUUUUUGUUUUUAUUUUUUUAUUUUUUUUAUAUAUGAUUUUACUAUGCAAUGUUUGUUUGAUUUCUGCAGAAGUUGCUAUUGAAUAGAUCAUGAUCUUGUCUAAGGUGAAACAUCAAAUAAACCAAUUAGAGUGUUGAAUUUA